UUACGCUAAAGUUUUUCUAUUGCCACACUUCCCAUGUACAACUAGUUAAUUAAUUUUUUGGUAAAGCGCAACUAAUUGAUUAAUCUUUUACUAUUGCUCAGCCAUUUAUAUGGUUUGGUUGUUACCGAAGUCCAACUGUUCUCUCUACCAGAUGGUGGAUCCAACCAAGUAGUGUGAAAGAGGUAAGUAUUAAUCUAUGCCCAUUGUUUGCUGCUAAUUUCUAGGUAUGUUUCUGCAGAAUUUCUUACUGAUUAUAUGGAACUCUCAUUUGGUUGCAUUUUAUCAUCUAAAACCAACUUAAAAUGCGGAAGAAAAGUUUAUACGUUUUCUAUGGCCGCCAUGGAAUUCGAAAACUUAUUCAUAAUUACUACAGUAAGCGCUAUAGGUUUCAUCUCUGUUUUCAAAUCCUUCAUCAAUUUCCUGAGAUGGGUAUGGGUCAUGUUCUUGAGACCUUCAAAGAAUCUCAAAGAAUAUGGUUCAUGGGCUUUAAUCACAGGUUCAACUGAUGGGAUUGGCAAAGCUCUAGCCUUUGAUCUUGCAUCAAGGGGUCUUAAUUUAGUGUUGGUUGGUAGAAACCCUUUGAAACUUGAAUCCACCUCGAGUGAAAUACAUGAAAAGUAUGGUGGGAAAGUUGGGAUCAAGAAAAUUGUCAUUGAUUUGGCCAAAUCUAGUGGAAAGGAGAUUGCCCAAGUCAUUGAGGAAGAAAUAAAGGGAUUAGAUGUUGGGAUUUUGAUUAACAAUGCUGGUGUGGCUUACCCUUAUGCAAAAUUCUUUCAUGAGAUUGAUUCGGAGCUUGCGGAGAGCAUUACUAAAGUGAACAUAGAGGCAGCUACUUGGAUCACUUGGUCUGUGCUUCCUGGUAUGCUGAAGAAGAAGAAAGGAGCAAUUGUCAAUAUUGGCUCAGCUUCCACUGUUGUUACCCCAUCUUAUCCAUUAUACACCAUUUACGCUGCAUCCAAAGCGUACCUCGCAAUGUUUUCAAGAUGCAUAAGUUUGGAAUACAAGCAACAGGGAAUUGAUGUUCAGUGUCAGAUUCCAAUAUUUGUGGCCACAAAGAUGACAAAGUUGAAAGCAACUUCAUUCUUCAUAUUAUCACCAGAGAUAUAUGGCAAAGCAAGCAUAAAAAGUAUUGGUUAUGAACAUUUCUGUUUGCCCUGCUGGUCUCAUUCUGUGCAGUGGUUCUUGUUACGUUUAUUGCCAGAUGCAUUGCUGAAUUGGUACGUUUUUCGAUAUUUUCUGGGGAUGCGCAAGAGAGGUCUGAAGAAGGACUCCAAGAAUCAAAAGUUGAAGUAGCAGACAAAAUCUAUUUCUGGCAGUGUUAUGUAGCAGCUUGAAGAAAACUCCUAAUUUACGUUUAUAAUUACUAAGUGAUAUAUAUUGAUCAAACUUAAUUAGUGAUAUAUAUUGACCAAACUUGAUUAUCUGGUUUAGUGCCUGAGAACAUUGUCAGUGCAUUUCAUGUGUUUGAUACCAAACUCUCUCUCUCUCUC